GUGACGUUUUAUUUAUUGAUUAGAAUUUGUGUAGUCGGCGAACGCCAUUUUGACUUGUGAAUAAAGACCCAAGGAAUAGUAAAAUUAAAAAAGUAUCUGGGUUUAUCAUUUCCAUCACCGUAUUAAAAGAAUUAAUUUCUUAUUAUUUGUUGUUAACCCAUUUGGACGGACCAAGAAAAAAGGUUCGUUCACUGGGUCUUGUUGAUCUAAAUGGUUGCGUGCAGACAGCAUGUCUACUUUGCCAGGGCAGGCCUCCAAGGGGGAGAAGACAAAGCCAAAAUUUCAGUCUUUGGAUAUAAAUAGUUUGUACAGAGUUAGCAGGGGUGAAAAUCUAGAAAAACAACAGCAAAAAAGUUCUUCAGUUUACAUUAAACAUGGUAUGCAAUCGCUCGGAAAGGUUCCAAACGCGCGUCGUGCCCCCGCCAAUCUUCCAUCUUUGAAAUCAGAACACAGCGGAACAGACACUGCAGUACCGUUAGUACCGCCAGGAGCGCAGGGAUGGGGCAAACAGGACGGCGCGAGCAACGCGGGUUCGCCUUCGCCCAGCGGCAACACGAAUUCCGCCCAACCAGAGGAUCUGAACUCCGCCCCGUUAAGUGCCCCGAAUCAAGCAGGACCACAACCGCAAUUAAAUUCGCAUCAAGCAUCAGCCGCCUUACCGCCAUCCAAUGCAAUAGCCCCGCAUCCACACAAGCCGAUGACUUCUUCUGCGCAGCCUGCGCCUACGGACAAAUUAUGGAGUUCAGUAAUGAGUGGACAAGAAUCGCAUCCUCCUCUCUACCAGAGUGUACAAUUCCAACACGAAUUCCCCAGCUUGUCCUCUGGCGAUGGAGGCCCCAUACGCACUGGUUCCGAUGCUCCCCAAUAUCCUUCAGGGCUAAGUCUUCGGCCUCAAACAGAGGGUUCUUGGACGCAAGGUGGUCAAAGGUCCUUGGGUCCUCCAGGCACGGGCGGGGAGGGAGCGGUUCAAGGGAAACCCGGCGCGGCGCAUUUGGGUGCUCCUCCCCAGCUUCCGGUUCAAGUAGGAAUACAGCAGCAGCAGCAGCAGCAACAGCAACAGCCGUUUCCGCCUCAAAUUCGAGGCGUCAUGCCCUCUUUUAUGUACAAAGGUAGCAAUUUCCAACAAGGGCCCGGUAUUGGUGUUCAGAAUUCACAAAACAUGGCGGCUCCAGUUAACGGACGCAGUCAUAGACCGAUUGAUAAUCGCCCGCCUCGACUAGCCGAUAGAGAUAUAGAAGAUAUGCCGAGGCCCAUUAUCAAAGAGGAAGAAUUGAGUCGAAUGGAUGAAAUUAGCAAAGAUAUGGGUUGGGCGGAAUCCGAUGAAAUCGAUUACAAUCAAAAAUUGGCCUUUAGCGAUGACGAAGGUGAAAAAACUCAAAAGAAGGAAACCAAGAGAUCUCAAAUUGGUAGGGAUCAAAGGGACGUCAGAGACGGUCACAACGUUGACAACCAAAAUCGCCAGUGGGGUUCCCGAUCGAACGCUCCUAGGGGUAGGUGUUCGGAGGACGAAGACAUUUGGUCGCAGAGACGUUCGCAGCAAGACAAAGAGGUCGAAAUCGCCGUGCAACGAGCGAAGCAAAGAAAGGAAGAGGAAGAGAAACGGUUCAACGAAGAGAGGAAACAAGCCGCGGCUAAGAAACUAAUGGAGCUCGAGGAGAAGAUUCACAAGAGGGACAAGGACAACGUAGAAGGAUCGGGCACUAUAAAUCCCUGUUCCAUACCACCCAAACCGAUUAAUCACGUGGAUAUUCCGCUUCCGGACUUCCAGAAGGAUAAAGAUAAGGACGUUAGAUCUCACACACCGAACGAAUCCGAUGAUAAGAACCAACCGCCUAAUCAAGGAGGGAACACGUUCAGGCAACUAACGCAAAUCGAAGGGAAGAAUUUCGCGUCUAGAAAACAGAAAUCCUCGGAGAGGGACGGUCGCGAGAUGAGCGGCCCCAAUUUUUCGCGGCAAUUCCAAAACGACCUGCCCCCGAGAUUCCUCAAACACCACCAACGAAACAACAGCAACAUUUCCAACCCGCAACAAUUCCACAGGGACUCGUUCGAUAACCGUUGGAAUUCGAAUAACAAAUCGCAAUCGAACUCCUUCCAUCCCUUGCAUAAGAACCUCAAACAAGACGGCCUCGAAACCGAGAAGGACGAAUUCGACAGGAAAGAUUACAAGCGACAGAGCUCGGAGGAGAGUUAUCACACUCACUCGCAGGAGAUGAGCCAGAAAUCUCAAGAUUCUCGUUAUCACGCCGACGAAAUUAGACAUCAUGACUACGAAAGAAGGGAGGAUUACGAUAAGAGGCAGCGCGACAAGGCUCCUCAAGACGUCAAACAAGGCGAUCAAACAUAUCACUUCGGUAACGAGGAUUGGGACGAUAGAAGAACGGAGAAAUCCACCGAGAAAUACGAAAAGGAGAGAGACUGUUCCCAGAGGCCCGAUAGCCGCGAUUCUCACAUGUCGAAGCAUUCCAGGGACCUCGAUUACAACAUGUCGUCGUGGUCCGAGGUGAUGUACGACACGAAUAUCGAAGAAAAGAAGAAGGAUAGGGAAGAAAGACGCAUCGUUCCCGGUCCCAUCACUAAAGAUCGCAUCGAAGCGGACGAUAUACGUUCGGAGAAGCGCAAUUUAACUCAACUGAAGCGAGGCCAAGCGGUGGACAUUAAAUCCGAAUCGAAGAAGGAUAACGAAAAGAAGGACUUCAGCAGCGCUUGGGCGGAUUCCAUACCGUCUUCGAUGGACGAGAAUCGUUCUAAAAUCGACGACAAAAGCUCGUCCGAUCAUUCGAAGAAAUCCGACGACUAUCAAAGUCGCAACAAGUCGUUCGAUCAGAAGAAAGGCUGGGGCGGCUCCGAGUCGCACGUGCCUCGCAACCGGCCCGUCUCCUGGCCGAAGAGACCGUCGAGCCGAGGCCAGAAAUCGGGCAACAGGGAAUACCCCACCGACUCCGACGGUUCUUUGGACGAUCACAAACAGGAUAAAGGCGAUUCGAACGAGCCCAACAGCCCGAAGUCGUCGAGGAAAUCGUUGAAAGACGAUAAGAACCGCGACGGCAAACAGGACAAUUACAACGACAAGAGAAAAGAAAAACCCGACAGGAAGGACAAUAAUUACGUGCCUAGAGGGGAGCCUUCGAGGCACGGUAGAGGCGGGAAUUUCCGGAACACUCGAAUGGGCGGUUUGGGUAAGAGGAUCGACGGGUACGGACCGCCGCCGACGAAGAGCCCGUUCGGGGGCCAUCACGACGACAAAGAGCGCGACAAGAAGCCCUCCGAUGGCUCCGGUAACGCGCCAGGCGAGGAUAAAACGAAGCAAAACCAACAAGCCCUCGCGGCCGGCAUCAUCGGCAAACGGUCCGAACCUUGCUCCAACAUGGACGAUAAAAACAAGGAUAAAUCCAGGAACAAGUCCGACAGUCGCCGGAACAAAUUGAAACCGGACGAUAAAGGUUCGGACGGCUUGGGCGAUAAAAAGUUGCAGCCGAAGCCGCAAAACAACCGGUCCUCGUCCAACUCGAAUCGCUCCAGGAACAACACGCCGCGAUUGGCAGGCGGCGACAAGAAAUUCGACGGCAAUCGAGGCGAUAACGUUCGGCAAAAUUCCAGCGGUUCGCUGAAGAGAGAGGACAAGUCGAGCGAAAAUUCGGCGGACGCGAAAAGCCACGACGACAACGACAGCGGCGAGGGCAAGGAGGAGAAGGGCUCGCUGAACGGCGACAGCGAGGGAUUCCAAGAGGUGAAGAGCAAGAAGAACGUGAAAGAGCGCCAGAAAUCGCUGGAGGACAAAUCGUCGAAGGGCAACAAGAGCGACUUCGGCAAGGGCGAAUCGAAGAACGAUCGCGAUCGCAAGAAAAUCAGCCAGGCCACGCAGCAAUUGACGCAGCAACAGAUUCAGAACAUACCGUCGUUGAUGGCGACGCCGGUGAAUCCGCCGCCGGUGUUGCCGCAAUCGAAGAGCCAAUUCGACAGGCCGAGGCAGACGAAAUUGCCGCCGCGUUUCGCCAAGCAAAAGUUGCAGAAACAACAGCAACAGCAGCAACAACAACAGAACCAUCCGAUCGGCGACGUCGAUAUGAACGUGUACGUGAUGAAAGAUAACGGUAUACCGGCGACCAUGUCGACGUGCGCUUGGGACAAACCGUUGGGGCCGCAAUUGAGGAAAGUCGAGCACGACAGUAUGCUCGGACCGUCCAUGGAGGCCGUCAAGGCUUUGGAAUCCGCUCAUUCGCCUUCGCAAGGAGUCACCAGUCCUGGCAAUGAAAAGAUGAUCGGAAAAACGAGUCCGCUUCAAGAUAAAAGCCUGCUCGACGGCAGUACGCCCCCUGUAAAUACAAUAAUAUUCGAAAAUACCAACUUCAAAUCGGCGCCGGGUCCGCGAAACGCCGGCCGUCCGGACAGUAAGCCGCGUUCAAAAUUAGACGAUGGCUCUACAGACAAUUCUGUGAUUUCUAGUUUUAAUAAGCCCAACAUGAACGAUCUGCUGCAAGCGAAAAGCGACAAGGCCGACAGCAUGCCGCUGCAGCUGUUCAAAGAGGACUCGGCCGACAUGAAAUUGGACUUUUUCACCGCCGAUCUCCAAUUCGCCGACGAUAAGAGUUCGAAAAAUUUCGCACCGAAACCGAUCCACGCGAUGACGGGCGGCAAUAAUACCGUGGACAGUUUGGAUUACAAGAUCGCGUCGGUGAAAAAGGUGUGGGAAACGUCGGAGCAGGAGAACGACGAAAAUCAAAUCGGUUUCGCCGGUCCCACGUUGGAUUCGAACGUGUUCGCGCAGGGCAAAGACGCGCCCGACGAUAAUAUCAAUCACGAGGUGUACAGCCCGUCGCCGAGCCAGAGCGUGUCCACAACGACGAACGUUUGCAAGGUUAAACCUACGCAACAGGUAUCUGGUAGCGGUCAGACUGCACUAUCUUCGACGCAUCAGACGCACGCCGGUAUGGUUGCCCCCGGUCUUAUGGGGAACCCCCUGUCGCCACCGCCGAUACAGCCCGUUUUGGGCCCCAAUGUAGGCAUGAAUCCUCAAUACACAGCGAAUCAACACAUCGGCUACCAGGCCAAUCUAUCGGGAAGCACCCAAUACGGCAUAUCCGCCAUCCCCUCGCCCCCGACCGUCCCGCUCGUGUACAAUUCGACGCAGCAAAUUCAAGCGGCCGCCCAAUCGGCCGGCCUGUACGGGGCCUUCCAAAUCGACCAGCUGGGCGGCCAGGGCCGCUCCCAGUACUCCCAAUACCCCAACUACCACGGCCUCGGCCAGACGGCCAACAGCCCCUAUUCGGCGCAGAGCGUCUUUCUGCCGACGGCCGCGCCGCCGCCUCCGCAUCCGCCGCCGUCGGCGCCCGAGCUCUAUUCGAGCAUCAGCAAUUACCGCAUGAGCGCCGCCGGCCCCUUCGGCCAGAACCAGCAAUUGAACAAUCCCACCACGGUGUUGAUCAGCUCGACGAGCAACAGCCUGAUGUCCGCUUCGGUGAAGCCCAGCAGCCAGCCGAUCAGCGCUAUCGGGACGAAGGCGGGAGGCGUAGGACAAGCCUAUCAGCAGCAAUCCCAGCAGGGCCAGCAGGUGUUUAUGGCCUACGAUCCGACGAUCCAGGCGAAUUAUCUGGCGUCGAGUGCGGGAGUUAUGCAGCGCGCUCCCGUCGCGCAGGCGCAAAAUAACGUGGUGCCCGGCCUGCAGCCGUCGUCGUCCUUUUAUUCAGGAUCAACAGGCGGCCAGACGGGCUUCUACCAGCAACAGGCGAGCUCUUCGAUCGGAUCCCAAAUGCAACAGCACCAAGGCGGCUACGGCAUGCAGGGCAACGUGUUCGGCACGCACAGCCACAGCCAGUCGCACGCCAACACCGGCAUGCAGAACUUCAACUCGCACUUUCUGACGACGCCCAUCGUGGCGGCGGCGCUGAACGCGCAGGCGCAGCAGUUCCGCUCCGGCCUGCCGGCCAGCUACAUGAAGGGCGUCGGCAUGGGCGACCAGUCGGGCCGGCCGCAGCAGCUGAAGAGCCCCGGCAGCCAGGAGGUGCUCUCUUCGGUCUUCAACACCGUGUUUUUCGCAGGUCCUCAGAUUCCCUCGCCGAAAUCGAGGCAGAAUAGCAAGCAUCCCCCGCCGCAGUCCAGCCCUACGGCCCAGCAGAAAUACAAUUUGUAUCAAGGAGUAGGCGGAUCUAAUAUGCAAAGGUAUCCAACGCCUAUUCAAAGACCCGUAAAUUUCCAAGUACAGCAGAAUUCAGCGAAUCAAAAGCAUAGGAAUACAUCCAACAAAACACCCAACCGACAGUAUUAUGGUAAUCAGAGCCAAAACGAGAAGUCUGAGGAAGGGAAAAUGAACGACAACACCAAUACGGCAGGAACCGUGAAAACAGUUUUGGGGACGAGCUCCGGUUGUUCGGUGACGGCCCCUGCAGAAAAAAUUAAGGACAGCAUUAAAGAGGAACCUGCUAUGUUGAAAGACUAAAAUAUUUUUAUUUUUUAAAUAAGUUUAUUUUAAGCACUAAAAAAAGUAUAAUUUAAAACUGCAUUACUACGAUUGGCACUCGUCCCUAGGAGGAACGUAGAAAAUUUUAUAUACAGAGGUAAAAUCGGAAGUUGCCGUAUUUUAAUUUCGUUAAAAAAAUAACGUUAAUUUCUUCGGAUAUUGGUUUUAAAAUUAAGUGACUGGAUUUUUAAAUGGAAAUUAAACUGGAGCUGGUUGUAAUCAGAUGUAUACAAACUGAAGGAGAUUUAUAAACUAUUAAAAUGAAAUAAUAAUGUAAUAGGACUUUUAAUAAAAUUAAGUGGUGGAUGAGCUUAAAAAUUAUAACGUACCAAACAUUGGAAAAUUCUGAAUAAUUGAAAUUCUGUGGUAGGCCCAUCGGUUUAUUUAUUGGGUAUAAUUUUAAUCAAUCCGCCACUAUUGCAUGUCGAAUUGUACAGUUUGUAUUAAAAAUUGUAUAAUCCUUAAAAUCUUAUUUUAUUUAUGUUUAAAGGUUGGGCAAAUAUAUCGGUAAAUAUUAUUUCUGGCUUAACUGAAAAUUGAAUUAAUCCAAGAAUGAUUUUAUUCGUAUAGAAUUUUGUGUUGUAUUAGAAUUAUCAAUUUUUGGUCUAGCCGAAAGUUGGGUUUUUGUAGACCCAUGUCCAGCACUCUGUACAUUAAAAUAAACAUAAUUUUAGCUUUUUAAAUGUUAUGAAAGCGAUCACGUUAACAAAUUGUGCAAUAAUAUUCCUCUUAAGUUUUUAAAAGAAUUAAAUCCACUGCGAUCUUAUACACAAUAAACAAAAAGUACCUUUUUACAACAAGACUUCUGUAAAGACUAACUUAAUUUUUAAAUAGUUCAGUAUUUUUAAAAAAAAACUAACGACCAAUUCGUGUCUCUCUUUAACGCAUUAUACAACAGUUCCCCUCUCGUAGUUUUAGUUCUCUCGAUAUCACAUAAGCUGCUCAGCCUUAAUGUUAGUUUGUACGUGUUACUUUUAGCAAAACACUUCAUGGGCAAACGUCGCUCAAGAGAAACCCGUUUCGGUAGUGAUCUGAUUAUUAAAUUAUUGUAACACAAAUUAGGGAACAUUUCGAAUGCUUUCAUUUGUGCCUUCAUUGUAAUCGGCGUUUGCGUCAAUUUUGGUUACUGCGGCGUCAUAUUUGUAAAUCUAACAAGCGCUGUUCUCGUCUAAAUACAACUAAUCGUAGGGAUUUUGAUUGUACGGGUUUGUACAAUUCGAAAUUGCGGUACCCAAAAGUGACUUAUAUGAAGAAAAAAAAAUCAUUUUGAUAUUAUUCGGUUGUAAAUAAAAUUAACAAGCUAAACACGGUGUUGAUAUAGUAAAAUAAAAUCUUAUUUAUUUGAUUUAUUAAAAUUUUGAUUUGCUUUUAAGUAGAAAAAAUCACGAAACAUCAUAAUGUAUAAUUUUAUUUAGUUGGAACACGUUAUUUUAAUUUGUAAAAUAAAGUAUUACGUCAGUAUUUAUCCGUAAAUACAAUUUUAAUAUGAUAUACUUAGAAUUUCUAGGAUUUAAUUUCGUAGAUUAGAAUUUUCAAUACGGUUUAAGCAAAAGCAAAAAAUAAUUAUUGAAAAUAAAAGUUUUGGGUCAUUUCGAAAAUUAUUUCAUUAGUAUAAUAGAUAUACCAAGCAUUUGGAGAUAUUAACAUAAACUAAGACUUAAAAUAAAUCGAAAAUUGAGCACAAUUCCAAGAUUUGUCAUCGUGUGUCUUUUAUUGGAAAUUAAAUUAAUUAUAAAUAGUUACAUUUUAUACUGCCUUGUAAUAAGUCGAAAUCGUGGAUGUGUUUAAAAUUUGUAUAAAUCGUUAUAAAAAAAUGCUAAUUACUGCUACUACUUAGUAAUACUUUAAUGUAAUUUUGUAAUUUAUUUGGCUAGAAUUCGAAAAACGGUAUUGUUCAGUAAAAAAUUAAUAAAC